CUGCAGUGAGGGGCUACUGGAACAUCCGGGCAGUUUCUCUCCUGAACAGCAGGUGGAGACGUUUCUCUGUACGCUGCUUCGGUUUUUUCUCUCUCUGUCUCGUGACUUCAUUCACUCACACUGAAAAUGUUUCGCCACUUUCUGACUCUGCAGCAGGUUUCCAGACGGCAGAUCUCCAGCACCGUCCGCAGACAGCUGGUCAACAAGGUGCCGGACAAACAGAAGCUCUUUCAGGAGUCUAAUGGGAUGCCAGUUCAUCUGAAGGGAGGAGUCGGUGAUGCUGUACUUUACCGUGCAACUAUGGGUCUCACAGUGCUAGGAACUGCAUAUGUCAUAUAUGAACUAGUAAAGGCGGCUCUCCCUCAGAAGAAGGACUGAUGUCAGCUCCUGCCCUCAUUUCUGUGGGAAUGUGACUUUAUGAGCGUUUCACACAGUGUUUAUUUUAAUGUGAAAGGUAAAAGGGACCAAAGUGAUUUGAAUUAAAUAAACUGUGCCUAUCAUAAACAGA